AUGGAGGAAACUAAGGAAAACGUUAGCGACAUCCUUCGAUUUUUCGAAGGGCAGGUGUUGGAUAAUUCGUUGAAAGAAUUUAAGGAAAUGAUGGAAGACUCUUUAUCACUCCAUGACGUCGAGAACAUCAUUCAACAAGGACAAACACAAGAAAGUCAAUCGGUGGUUGAUAUAGCAAAAGAACUAUUAGAUUCUAAUUUGGAGCGCGACGACUUACUUCGAGAAAUGAGUGUUGUAGGACAACAGUACGUCGACUUGAAAAAUGAAUUGAAUUAUUAUAAGGAUCUACUCAACGAAACACCAAAGAAGUGA